AUGCGCUGCGAUGUGGCCUCUGGAGCUGGACCCAUCCAGUACGCGUGGCAACGUGAAACCCCCACAGGAGACUUCACAAGCUUCGCAGAGGGCAGCACCAUCAUCACCAUCAACAAAGUCAACCGCAGCUUCACGGGCCGGUACCGCUGUGUGGCCAGCAACUCCAUCAGCAGUGAGAGCUCUGACCCCAUCAGGGUGGACAUCAUCUGUAAGGCUCAACUCGCAGAUUUUCAGCAGAUCGAAGCUGAGUCCAAUCCAGCCAGUCAGUACCUCUGGUUCUACAACAACUCCCAGAUCAUCAACGGGCCAAAGCUCACAAUCACCAGAAUCCUGCGUGCGAACGCAGGCGAUUACACCUGCUUAGCCCAGAACACUAUCCUCAAAACUCGCUCCAAAAGAGCCAUCAGUCUGACUGUGUACUACCCUCCUGAUGGAUCCCCCGUUUGCUCUGUUGAGCCAGCUUUAAAUUACACCUUCCUGAAGCUGAUCUGUUCUUGGCCUGGUGGAUUUCCCUCUCCUGAUCUCCAGUGGAAAGGAGGUCUUCUAGAUCAGCUCAAUUCACAGGAAAGCUCUGCCAUCCUGCUCCCCUCUGGAGGCCUGAUUCCCAACAACAGCUUGUUUACCUGUGUGGGCUCACAUCCUGCCCUGAAACAGCAGACAGAGUGCAGCACACGCACACUUCUUCCUCCUGCAGAGCCGCUGUGUUUUGCCUAUGUGACCAACAGCCAACAGUACCUGAUGUUAUCCUGCUCCUGGGAUGGAGGGGCACCAAAAGCUUUGGUGUGGUGGGAGGGCCCUGGGGGCCAAAGCAAAGGUGGACAAGAAAACUCCAACAUCCUGGUCCUUCGCUACGGCACUGCUCGCAGUGGAAAACCCUACACCUGCUAUGCUCAGCAUCCACUUUUGCUCCAACCCAAGACCUGCAGACUGACUCUGGAGGCCCCCGUGUUGCUGACACAACGCAGAGUCGUCUCCGUCUACGAAGGAACUGAUGUGCAGCUAACCUGCAAUCUGAGAGCUAACUAUCUUCCCGUCAACGAAAUCACCUGGUUCAACAAUCGAGGUGCCGAUAUCCAGGACACGUCAAAGUACAUGCUGCUGCGAACAUCUGCGUGGGCCAAUCUGACCGUUAGAAACGCAGACGAAACUCAAGACAGUGGAGAGUACAGGUGCUCCACUUCAAAUGCUGUUGGAGGAGCAGAAAUCAAUGUCACCCUGCUGGUUAAGAAGUACCCCAUGCCACCAAACGCCACCCUCAUCAGGGUGAUGUACAACAGUCGACAACGCCAACAAGUUGAGGCAGAGUGGCAGGUUGAGAGCGGGGAGGAUGGAGGCUGGACAGGAUUUUUCCUUGAAUACCGCAAGGUAUCAGAGCGACCGGGAAAGCGAGGAGGCAGCAACGGCUCACAAGAGACGGUGGAGGGGAGUGGUACUUCCCAAGUGUGGUACCGUAUCACCAUUCAGGAUCCGGAGACCAGGAGUCAUACGGUUUACGGACUGAUACCCACUAUUACCUACCAGUUCCGCAUCACAGCCAUUAACUACCUCACUUUCGGACAUCCUUCUGCAGGAAAGACUCCAGGUGUGAAACAUGCAGCAAAGUGUAAAACUUUUAAUCCCAAAAAUGACAGUAUUUCAAAAUAAAUUGGUCAA